GCUUCCCCUGCCAUUGGCCGGCGCCGCAGUAUAUAAGAGCGUCACUUCCUGCGGCCUGUCCUUUCCGCGCUACCCUCGUAGGGGUCCAUGCGGCGUUGUCCCGAUUCCCGACGUAACUUAAAAGGGAAGCUAACACAAUGUCCGGAGCCCUCGAUGUCCUGCAAAUGAAGGAGGAGGAUGUCCUCAAAUUCCUUGCAGCAGGAACCCAUUUAGGUGGCACCAACCUUGACUUCCAGAUGGAGCAGUACAUCUACAAGAGGAAGAGUGACGGCAUCUACAUCAUCAACCUGAAGAGGACCUGGGAAAAGCUGCUGCUGGCAGCUCGCGCCAUCGUUGCCAUUGAGAACCCUGCUGAUGUCAGCGUGAUAUCCUCCAGGAACACGGGCCAGCGCGCCGUGCUGAAGUUUGCUGCUGCCACCGGAGCCACGCCCAUCGCCGGCCGCUUCACCCCUGGGACCUUCACAAACCAGAUCCAGGCAGCCUUCCGGGAGCCUCGUCUUCUGGUGGUGACUGAUCCCCGGGCUGACCACCAGCCUCUCACAGAGGCGUCCUACGUCAACCUGCCUACCAUUGCUCUGUGUAACACAGACUCUCCUCUGCGCUAUGUGGACAUCGCCAUCCCCUGUAACAACAAGGGUGCUCACUCCGUGGGUCUCAUGUGGUGGAUGCUGGCCCGGGAAGUCUUGCGCAUGCGUGGCACCAUCUCCCGGGAGCAUCCCUGGGAGGUCAUGCCCGACCUGUACUUCUACAGAGACCCUGAGGAGAUUGAGAAGGAGGAGCAGGCCGCUGCCGAGAAGGCCGUGACCAAGGAGGAGUUCCAGGGAGAAUGGACCGCGCCGGCUCCUGAGUUCACUGCUGCCCAGCCUGAGGUGGCAGACUGGUCUGAAGGUGUGCAGGUGCCCUCUGUGCCUAUCCAGCAGUUCCCAACAGAAGACUGGAGUGCUCAGCCGGCCACUGAGGACUGGUCUGCAGCUCCCACCGCUCAGGCCACUGAGUGGGUGGGGACGUCCCCUGAAUGGUCCUGAGCGAUGUCUGCAGACUCAAGAAAGGUGGAAAUAAACAGUUUUUAACAGUU